CUGGGAAAACGAGUCGUUUCGAUGCUCGCGUAGCGCCAUUCCCGCAAACGAGGUCCUACGUAAGCAGCGAAUGGUGAAAUCUCAGUCUCGAUACAGCAUGCCAGUUGAUCGCUCAAAUAGCGUGCAUAGCCACAUCUCGGACAGCGAUCGGUAUUCUUAGAAGGUCAACAGUCUCCGCAUUUUCACGUGUUGGCCGAUUGUCGUGAUUCAGCAUCCUUGACAGGCGCAACCAUGAGUCGAACAGAGAAGGACGGUCAGAAGAAUGAGGCGCCCGAGCCCAUUCACCUCGACGCCGACCGUCAGCCAACGACUGGAGGAGGUGAAGGGAAGGACGCCGAGAAGCAGGGCCUGCUGAAUGGAAACGCCCAUCACGACCAUUCACACGAGGAACGCGCCCAAGAGCAAGAGGAGAAGAACGAGAAGAGCGCGCAAUCGGCGCAGGAAGGCUCGACAGACGACCAGCCUGCCGGAGGAUACGAUGCGACACCAGUGCCUCGAGCGCCGCCGGGCUGGACCGUCAAGAUCACCUUCCACCGUGCGACGAACCUGCCCAUGGCCGACAUCAACUCCAUGUCGUCGGAUCCCUUUGUGCUCGCCCAGAUCAACACUGCCAUGCCGAAGCGUCAUAAGGAAGACCCUCUGUUGCGCAUGCGUACUCCCACCAUCCGUCGCAGCACCGAACCCGAGUGGAACUUUGACUGGAUCGUUGGCAAUAUCCCCUCGUCAGGCUUCAAGCUCAAGGCCCGCGUCUAUGAUGAAGACCCCAACGACCACGAUGACCGUCUCGGCAAUGUCCACAUCUCCAUCCACGACCUCAAUGAAAAUUGGGCCGGUAUCCAAGAGCAGCCCUACAAGAUCAUGAAGCGUUCAGGCAGCAAGAGAGCCUAUGCAGUUCGCGCUGUUGCUACUUGUAUGAGCAAGGCGAAACACAUGCACGGUGACCUCUACGUCAGCAUUGAGCUGCUCGGGCGCACUGACAUUGACAACGGCGGCCAUGUCUUUACCCUUGGUCCUUCGUGGAUGAUCAAGCAUCAAGCCCCUAUGCUUGGUCGCAUCGCCGGUCGCAAAGAGCCUAGUGGGAACUCUAGCGAGACGGAGAAGGAAAAGGCCAAAACAGAACGCUACAACUUCCAGGCCAAUCAGAUUCAAUUCCGCGGUCCCGUCCCAGACGGCCUCUACCACCGCUAUGUCGAGUUCCGUCCUUUUGUCAAGGCCAUGUUCACUUCGACCGGAGUUCGUGGAUGGGUCCUCUCAAAAGCCCUGCACCAUCAGCAUGCUCGCGUCUAUAACUUCGACCGCUUCACAAAAUGGGGCCACUUCCCUCAGGGCCCAUGCAGAGAAAUGACACAGGCAUUCCUCGACCUGGUCCACUAUGAUCAAGGUGGUCGUAUCUUUACAUAUGUCCUGAGUCUCGACUCGCUCUUCCGCUUCACAGAGACCGGCAAGGAGUUCGGAAUCGACAUGUUGAGCAAGCAUACCAUGCACAGCGACGUAAGCGUCUACAUUGCCUUUUCUGGUGAAUUCUUCAUCCGCCGCUUGAAGUACAAGAACAAGCCUCCGCCACCAGAUGCAGCCGACAGUGGCAGCGCCAGCAGCGAAAACGGCGAUCACCAACAUGACGGCUCCAACGAAACACACCCCCCUCACGACAUUUCCGAUGGCCCACCCAACGAUGACCCUCCGAAAGAUCCAGAACAUUACCAACUAGUCAUCGACAACGACAGCGGCACCUAUCGUCCAAACGCCAAAAUGCUUCCUUUGCUCAAGAAAUACCUCGCCGCAAACCUUCCCGGUCUUCACAUCCAAACUCUCGACUGCCAAGCCGACGAACAGAAGAUGAACCGUAUGAAGAAGGCCCAACGCGACAAGAAGAAGAAGGAAGGCGAUCAGAUCGUUUAUGCUCAGGCCGGUAGCGACGCCAGCAGCAUCAGCAGUUCCGACGAAGAGCAACUGGACGCUCUUGAAGAAGCCGCUGGAAAUGAAGACAGCAACAACGUGUUUGGCGAGCAUGGGCUUGCGCAUCAACUCAAACAAGAUGCUGGACUCAAAGGCAAAGCCAAGCUAGGUCACUGGAAGCAAAAUCUUCCCGGUCAAAAUAGGCCCCAGGGUGAUGAGUAGAAAGGCCCAGGUCGAUGAGUAGAAAGGCCCAGGUCGGUCUUUGACAAUAAUCAAGAAAACCCAAGGUGGACUGGGAUAAUGAUGAUGUGAGAGCGCGGGAUCGCUCCGUGCGAAAUGUGGUUUCCCCUUUGGAUUGGAAACUCGACUUAAUAUUGCCUCUUUCUUUUUCUGCAAACGUUCUGUCAUUCCUAACGAAGACUUCACGACUCCCCCCUUUCUGUAUACGUUCAGUAUAUCUUAGAUCGCUUUUGUUUCUGUUUUACGCGCUAUUCGCUGUCGUUAAUGUAUACUUUGUUUGCAAUACCCAAUUAUCCAGUUUAUCUCGCACCGUCGUCGACCCACUUUCUCUUGUUCUCUGGCUUCUUCUCUCUCUCAACGUUCAUGACGGACACCGU